AUGGGGUGCGGAUCAUCUAAGGACGCCGUGGUGGCGCAGAACGGCCCGCGUGCGGCGAAGGUGCCGGCGGAUGCGCCGCUUGCAGGGGAGGCGCCUCUGGCCACGGAUGACGACGACGUCGGGCCAGCCAUCGCCCCCAAGGCCAGCGGAGUGGGCACGCAGCCCGUGAACAAGGAGCCGGGCUCGCUCGACGCCGAGAGUGCGGACGAGUACGCGCACGUCGUUCCUCCGAAGAAGCGCCAGCUCGCCUCGCACGCCAAGGAGUGGGACGAGCUCCCCGCGGACGACUACCAGGGUGCUCCCUUCCCCGGACUGGACGAGGAGCGCGUCAAGAAGCUGCACGGGCUCGGGAUCCUCGACACGGACCCCGAGGAGCGCUUCGACAACAUCACGAAGACCCUUUCGAAGAUCUUCGACAUCCCCAUCUGCCUGGUGUCCCUCGUGGAUGAGGACCGGCAGUGGUUCAAGUCCAAGGUGGGCCUCGACGCGUGCUCCACGGACCGCAAGUCGUCCUUCUGCGCCUGGACGCUCCUCCCGACCGCCCCGGAGGUCCUCGUCGUCCGGGACACGAAGAACGACCCCCGGUUCAGGAACAACCCGCUCGUCCUGGGGCCGCCCAACAUCCGAUUCUACGCCGGAGCGCCGCUGAUGCUCGUGGACGGCACGCGCAUGGGCUCGCUGUGCCUCAUCGACAGCAAGCCGCGCGACUUCCCGGAGAGCGCGCAGCGCGUGCUGGUCAACAUGGCGGAGAUCGUCUCGCGCGAGCUCGAACGCGGCCCCCUCGAGCAGGCGCACGACGACAUUGGGCCCGAGGGCGAGAUGAUGGCCGCGGGGGAGCUGCCGGACCUGGACGACGACGACCCGGCGCUGCGCAUGCUCCGCGCGAUGGACGCGCUGGGCGAGGCGCUCGUCCUCGUGGAGGCUCACCCCGAGGGCGCGUGGCCGAUUGUGUACGGCAACGCAGAGUGGGCGCAGCUCUCCGGGUACGAGGCCGGGAAGGACCUGUGGGAGCUGUUCACGCCGCGCCGCCUGCCCGAGGGCAAGCAGCCCGCGGAGGCCUACGCGGGCGCGGUCAAGGCCGGCGUGCCCUUUGCAUCCAAGGGCGCGCUGACCAAGGCCGGCGGGGACGUGGUGAGCGUGUCGUGCCGCCUGAAGCCCGCGGCGGAGGCGCUCGACGUCACCGCGCAGAACGUCCUGUCCGACGGCCUCGGCGAGGAGGAGCUGGAGGUGCCGCUCUACUUCGUCACGCUGAUUCCGCUGGACGACGGGCUCGAGGCGCUGGACGACGCGGCGCUGACGACGCGGACGUCGCCGAUCAUGUCGGUCGCCGACGCGGGCGUGAUCAACUCGGCGGGGUCGGUCGGCGGCGGGCACCUGACGGCGAGCAACGACAGCAGCGGGAUCAAGGCAGCCAAGGCGCCGUUCGUGGACGUGCGGCUGGGGCCGAUGAUCGGGCAGGGCGGGUACGGCCGCGUGUACAAGGGCCUGUGGGACGGCGCGCCCGUGGCGGUCAAGAUCAUGGAGCACAGCGCGCCAGCCAACAUGGACUCGAACGACAUGCGGAUGCUGUUCGAGGCGACGCUGAGCGUCAACGUGGCGCACCCGCAGCUGGUGCAGUCGUUCAAGUUCUCCUCGCGGCCGAAGCAGGAGGCCGGCAGCGACGACGACAAGCGCGCGUGGGAGACGUGGAUCGUGCAGGAGUACUGCGACAUGGGCAACCUGCAGCAGUCGUGCGACGAGCAGAAGUUCGUGCGGCCGUCGGGCGAGCCGGACUACCCCGCGAUCCUCUCCGUGUGCCGCGAGGUCGCCGGCGCGAUGUGCCACCUCCACGGGCGCAACCUCAUCCACGGCGACCUGUCGGCGAACAACGUGAUGCUCACGUCGCGCGAGCGGGCGAAGAAGGGGUACUCCGCGAAGGUCGGGGACUUCGGGCUCGCGCGCACGGCGGAGGGCGGGGAGGAGUGCUCGAAGCCCGGCGCGAUCGGCACGGUCACGCACAUGCCGCCGGAGACGCUGACGUCGAGCGUGAUGACGUUCCGGACCGACGUGUACUCCUUCGGGGUGCUCAUGUGGCAGAUGAUCACGUGCAAGCGGCCGUGGGAGGGCAUGAUGGCGCCGCAGAUCGUCCUCGCGGUCACCCAGCAGGAGCGAGACCUGGAGUGGCCCGACAACAUCAUGCCGUCGUACCGCGAGCUGGGGCUGAUGUGCGUCAACCGCGACCCCGACGCGCGCCCGGACUUCAAGGGCGUGCUCGACCGCAUCACGGCGCUGGAGAAGGACUUCCGGCGGACCAAGUCGCAGGCAGCGUGA